ACAAAGCAGACGGGGGUCGAAAGUCCAUCCACAGUGGUGCGUGUGGAUCCUUUCCAUCAAAAACCGCACAGCAGGAUUGAGUUUCAAGCCAUUUUCAUUUUGUUUAGCCUGCCUACAAUGGAGAUACCGGUAUUCACGCUGGACGCCUUCACCAACUUACCGUUCAGGGGAAACCCUGCGGCGGUUUGUCCACUUAUGCAUGAGCUGAAUGAUGACUUGUAUCAGAAGAUAGCAGCAGAGAUGAACCUCUCAGAAACGGCUUUCAUCACCAGAAUUAAUCACGCUGAUAAUUUUACUACAGGAUCAAGGUUCCGCCUUCGGUGGUUUACACCAACCACUGAAGUGAAUCUGUGUGGACAUGCCACUCUGGCCUCUGCAGCAGUGCUGUUCCAACACAAGAAUAACGUAAAUCCCACCCUGGUGUUUGAGACCAAGAGUGGAGAUCUUGCCGUCACAAAGAAGGGGGAAGGGUACGUCAUGGACUUUCCUCUCAAUCCCCCCACCCGACAGGAUCCCAACGAGUUUAGAGACAUUAUCAAGGCGGCAGUCGGAAAUCACCCAAUUCAGGACGUUUACUUGUGCUCCAACCUCAAGAAGCUGCUGAUUCGCCUGGCUGACAGCUGUGACACGUCUGUGCUUACCCAGCUGAAAGUUGACCCUGUGGCUCUUGAGAGUAGUGACAGAAGUGGAGGAAUCAUUGAAGUCAUUGUCACUAUCAAAGGAUCACCAGACUGCCAGCCAGGAUAUGACUUCUACUCCAGAAACUUUUCUCCAUGGGUUGGCAUUCCUGAGGAUCCUGUCACUGGAUCUGCCCACACAGUCCUCGGUAGCUACUGGUCUGAAAAACUAGGAAAGAAGAAAAUGCUGGCUUACCAGUGCUCCAGUCGAGGUGGGGAGCUGGAACUUGAAGUGAGAGAUGAUGGAAGAAUCAACAUAGCUGGACAGACCAUCACUGUACUGCAAGGAAUGAUCAAACUGUAGUCUGAGACACGUCCGAGCAAACACGGUCUGAUGUGCUACCACGGUCAACGCGUGCCUGCAGAUAGAAGCUUUACGCCACUUGAAUAAAGUUCAGCCUGGGCAAUCCUGUAAUUCAGCUAACCAACAUGCUAUAGGACAGAAAGAAUAUAGCAUACUUUGUUAGGACUUCCAUCAUUUAUUCAUAACACUACAGCAAAAAAACAAACAAACAAAAAAAAAAAACCCAACAACUGCAAGAUUUUAAAAA